UAUGUCUCACUCUCAGGCCCAACAUCUUUGGUGUAGGGUGUAGAGAUGUGUACUCUCUACAAAUCUGUUCUCUCUUGAUAUCACCAACACCAACUAACAACGAAGAUCAAGAAGCAAAGAUUUGUAAAAGACAAAGAAGAGAAUCUACAAGCAAGCUAUGGCGAUGAUAUACGAUCCACUUGUUCACUAUCAGAAAAAUCUGCACAGAAUAAAGAAUGUUAAUCCUGAUUAUUAUAGACAAAUUGAGCUAUUAGCUGAUGAGUCUGAGGGUGUAUUGGGUAACAUUUCUUCUUCAACAGCAGUGUCCAUCAAGGUAUUCCACAAUAAAAAGACAUGUCAAAGAGCUCCAGUUGCAUCUUCACUCAUAACCAGAGGGAGAGGAAGAACACCCGCAAGAGGAUACCUACUAGAAGGGGCAAAGGAAGGCAACAAGUCCCAACUCAAGGAGGAGGUUCCACAGCUAGGAGGCCUGCAGCUGGUGGUUUCGCAAGUGGAACAUCUGGAGGUGGUACUUAUACUGGUGGGCGGGCUGCACGUGGGAGGUCUGUUGGUGAAAGGGCUGGAGGUGUCAGCUCUACUAAUAGGAGGGUUGGACGUGAGAGGUCUGCUUUUGGGAGUCAAGCAAGUGGUUCUGCACCAGGGAGGCCUACACUUGAUGAUUUUGCACCUAAAGUUCCAACUCACGCAAGUGUGAGUGCAAGGGGGGCACAUGGGGAAGGCACAUCGACUGGUCCUUCGGAAUAGGCACAACUCUAGCUUUAGUUUGAAAGCUGAAACUUUUUUUUUUACUUAAUGGACAAUAUAUCUAUCUCUCUAUCUAUCUAUAUAUCUAUGUUUUUGUGGAUGUACAUGCUAUAGGGAGCAUGCUCAUACAAUGUUUUUGGGUAGUUGUGGGCAUCACAUCACUGAUACAUGUUACUACAUGUUUCUCCAGAGUCUAUUUUUGUGUUAGUGGACAAUUUGCACAGAUGGAAGUAUAUAUUGUGCAGUUGGGACAUACAUUGCACAAAUAACACUUUGGCUUUUACAUAAGUAACUAUGUCAAGGAUAUUAACAUGAUUAUCUUUAAUGGAAUGAAAUGACUCAUUUUGGAUA